GUUCACACACAGCCCCCACACAACACCAGCAGCAGCAGCAGCAUGAAGCAGAGCAGCAGAACACACCGCAACACACACACCACCACCGAUGUGGGGAGGAUGAAGAGGAGGAAGGCUCUGCAGCUGGUCUCGGGCAUGCUCAGUCUGUCUCUGCUCAUCGUCGCUCUGGGUAUCUACACCAGCACUCGCACUGAGAGCCUGAGCAUCACUGGAUACGCUUCAGGAGCUAUCUUGGCGUUCGGAUCCUUUCUGGGAGUGCUCGGACUGUGCUUGGAGGAAAACCGUAAACAGCUGCUCAUUGCAGCCAUCGUAUUCCUGAGUGUGGGGAUCCUGACCAGUUUCCUGUGUCUAAUAGUGGAUGGAGUCUUCAUCCUGCUUAACAUUGAUAUGCGUCCAAUGAAGGCUGGAAGAUGUCAGUUCUACACCAGUGGAAAUAGCUACAUCUAUGAGAACUACUACGCCACAGUGCCAUGCCAGGGUCUGACUGAGUCCUGCAGCUUGAAGGUUCGCAGUGGUACCUGCUACUGCUGUGACCUUUACGACUGUGCAAAUGGGGGAUACCUCAACAACUACUAUGAGUUUGUUGGGGUGCGGAGCUGCGAGGACAUCCUUAAUCUGUACAUCCUGAUCUGGGUCCUAACUCUGCUAAACCUGCUGGCCUUCAUCCUCGCAAUCAUGACCACUGCUGUACUGGGAAGCAUCAAGGACCUGAAGAACCCGGGGUCUUCACUUCCACUGUCCUACGACAGCAGCAUCAUCUCCUCCCCCACCGCUCCCCUGCUCACAGACCACAACACACACACCACCCAGCAGAUCUACCCGAAGGCUUCGCUCUACGUGAGUCCAGCAGAUUCGGGAGCGCCGGUGGUCGAUUCUCAGGGCGGACGUUUGGAGAACCAAGUGAACCCGGAGCCCAACCCUCCACCGUUCGCCCCGCUGUACGACCUGCUGCCGUACAAGCGCUAAAGCUAACCAGCUGUUCUGUAAACACUAACGCUGCACAACCACCUGCAACAUAUCCGUCAACGCCUAGCCUACAACCUACAGCCUACAGACUGGAGCACGAACCACUCAAACAGGCCUCAAGUACUUGGAGAACUGUGGUGUUGUCACAUCCCAGCUAAUGAUUUUUGUUUAGUAGAAGGUUUUAUGAACACUGUAAACCAUUCCUGUAUUUUUAUUUUUUUUAUUUGAUCCCAUUUUUUCUCCAAUUAACGAGGCCAAUUACCCAACCCACUCAUUAAGACUCCCACUAUCGAUACUGAUGCUGAGGGUGGAGGGUGAAGACUAGCACAUGCCUCCUCCGAUAUGUGUGAAGUCAGACACCGCCUCUUUUGGAAUGAUGCAUCACAGUGCGCUUGGAGGAAAGCGCAUCGACUUGGAGUAACGUCUGGAGUGAUGAGGGGAAAAAGCAACAUCUACCCACACAGAGAGAGCAAGGCCAAUUGUGCUCUCACAGGGCUCCGGCAGCUGAGAGAGCAACCAGAGAGUUGGCAAAAGUGGUAGGGGCAAAUUCCCAUAUUAUAGUGGACUUUGCAACUGGGGUGUUGGCACAUGCGGUUUAGGCUGAUUUUUAUAUUAUACUCAGCAAAAUGGGGUGAUAACACAAGCAGCUUGGGCUGAUUUCUAUAUUAUAUAUUAUAGACAGUGACCGGGGUGUUGGAACGAGCCACUUGGGCAGAUUCCCAUAUUAUACUCAGCAACCAUGGUGAUGACAGAAGCCAAUUGUCAUAUUAUAUUCAGAAAAUGGGGGUGUUGGCACAUGCAGCACUUAACCCAGAUAAUUUGAGCCAGAAUCAAGCCUAGAUUCAAACAUGAGCUGGGCAGAUACAGUUUAAGUGGUAUUGAGUGGUAUUUGGAGUGAUUUUUGCUAAAGUAUACAUAGUAUAAUAUUACUUUCAAACAUUUAAAUUUCCUUCAAAUCCAGGUACUUAUGGUUUUGCACAGUUUAGUUGAUUAGGUACCACUUUAAAAUAAGACUACCUUUAUAAAGGGUUUAUAAAUGGUUUACAAUUAGUUUAUUAAUGGUUACUAAUUAGGUUGUAAAUGCCUUAAAAAUCAUUAAUAAUCAGUUAUAACACAUACGUAGAAAAAGCUACAAUAUAGAUGGCUGUGGGUUCACUAUUUGGCAAACAACAGGUCAUUGUUGCCCUUUCUACAUAUGUGUUAUAACUGAUUUUUAAUGAUUUUAAGGUAUUUA